AUGGCGAUGGAGAGUAUCAUAUCCUCCACCGUGGCUCUCAGUUUCUGUUGCAUGGCAUUUGCCUUCGAGCCUAGCCCGUUGCAAGAUUUCUGUGUUGCAGAUGCCUCUACCUCAGCAAGAGUGAAUGGUGUGGCAUGCAAAACCCCUGCAUCGGUCCAAGCUAGUGACUUCUUGUUCAAUGGGCUCCACAUGCCGGCCGACACAAAGAACCCCUUUGGUGCCACGGUCACCCCAGUAACCGUGACCCAACUGCCUGGGCUCAACACCCUAGGCAUUGCACUGGCCCGGAUCGAUUAUGCUCCCAAGGGGGUCAUCGUCCCCCACUACCACCCCAGGGCCUCUGAGAUCAUCACGGUCCUCGAGGGUUCUUUGGAAGUCGGGUUUGUGACCUCAAACCCUGAAAAUAGGCACAUCACGAAGACCCUCCACAAGGGUGAUGUGUUUGUAUUCCCAAUUGGUCUAUUGCAUUACCAGAGGAAUGUCGGGGAUGGAUAUGCAGUUUCUAUUUCUGGAUUGAGCAGCCAAAAUCCUGGUGUUAUAACUGCCACAAAUGCUAUUUUUGGAUCCAAACCAGAUAUCACAAGUGAUAUUCUUGCUAAGUCUUUUCAGAUCGAUCAGAGCAUUGUGGAAAAUCUCCAAGGGAAGUUCUAG